AUGUCGUCUGAGGAAAAGUCCCAGUCUUCUGACAACAAGGACAAUGGCUCUAUCAAGGUCGGAAUUUCAUCCGGUGAAGUCGACCUAGAGUCCCGUGAAGUCUUCCGGACUGGCGAUGACGUCCUCGACUUCAGGACCGUCAGUUGGCAGCGGGCGACCAUUAUGUUCUGCAAGAUCAACUUUGCCAUGAGCAUUCUUGCUAUUCCUCAGGCAAUUUCAACAGUCGGUGCUGUCGGCGGGUCUCUCAUUCUUGUUGGAUUCACAUCUCUCAAUGUCUACACUGGUCUUAUCCUAGGUGAUUUCCGCAACAGACAUCCGGAAUGCCAUAUGCUAGCUGAUAUGAUGGGCUUCAUUUGGGGCAGGGUUGGCCGUGAACUAGUCGGUGUUCAAAUCAUCGUCCUUCAGAUCCUCAUCACCGCAGGCGGCGUCGCCACAACAGCCGUCGGCCUUAACGCGUUAUCAAAUCACUCCCAAUGUACCGUCAUCUUUGGCCUGGUGAGCGCGAUUCUCGUCACGGCCUGCUCAUCUGUGCGUACCUUCUCCAAGCUCGGCUGGAUCACUUGGUUUGGCAUGAUUACCUUUACCAUUGGAGUUCUCGUCUUUACUAUUGCUGUUACCCAGCAGGAUCGGCCUGCAGCAGCACCACCAACUGGUGACUUUGACCUCGGUUGGAUCGCUAUCGCCAACCCUGGCUUUGUUGUAGGUAUGGUCAGCUCUGCGAACCUCUUUAUUUGCACCGCCGGCUCCUCUAUGUUCCUUCCUGUUAUCUCUGAGAUGCGUCGACCUCAGGACUACCGUAAAGCUUGUCUUUGGGCUGGCCUCAUUGUCGGCAUGCUCUAUCUUGUUCUGAGCCUUGUUAUUUACCGCUACUGUGGAACUUGGCUGUCUGUUCCUGCUUUUGCCAGCGCUGGGCCUCUCUUCAAAAAGAUCUCGUACGGAAUUUCACUACCUGGUCUAAUCAUCGGUCUUGGUAUAUAUCAACAUGUUGCGGUAAAAUACGCCUUUGUCCGUCUUCUCAGAGACUCAGAUCAUCUCCAGAAGAAUACUUUCACCCAUUGGGGCACAUGGCUUGGCAUCAAUUUUGCCUUUGGUACAGCUGCCUUUAUUGUUGCUGAGGCCGUACCUAUUUUGAAUUAUUUACUCGGCCUAGCUGGUGCUCUCUGUGCUGCCCCUUUCAGUCUGAUCUUUCCAUGCCUUCUCUGGAUGUAUGACUUUAAGGGGUACAGAUCUGGCACUCUCAUGCAGAGGGCUCAGUACACUAUACAUGUCCUUAUCGCCUUGAUCGGUCUUUACAUGGUCGCUGGAACUGCCUAUGCGGUAGUCGUUGCCAUCAAAAUGGCUUUCCAGAGUGGAACGAUUGCACGAGUAUUUGACUGCGCUGACAAUUCCGGUUCUGUCUGA